GCUGUCAACACUAAUCCGCAUCGGUCUGGGGGAUCCCAGCAAUGGAGCCGUGUAAAAGGGCAGAUAUAAGAACGAUCCCAGAACAGAGGAAGAGCUUCUUUUUUUGGAUUUGGUUGUACAUCAAAAAAGGCGAGCGAGACGAUACCAGUAGCGUCAAACAAGGGAGAGAAGAGAUACCACAGACAUGGCGCCGCAACCACUCGUCACGCAUAUAUACACGGCCGAUCCGUCCGCGCAUGUCUUCGAGGGCAAGAUCUACGUUUAUCCAUCUCAUGACCGCGAAACAGACAUCCAAUUCAACGACAACGGCGACCAGUACGACAUGGCCGACUACCACGUGCUGUCGCUCGCCGAAGUGGGCGGGCCCGUGACGGACCACGGCGUGGCGCUCAAGGCCGAGGACAUCCCCUGGGUGUCCAAGCAGCUGUGGGCGCCGGACGCAGCGACCAAGGACGGCAAGUACUACCUGUACUUCCCCGCGCGGGACAAGGAGGGCAUCUUCCGCAUCGGCGUGGCGGUGAGCGACUCGCCCGCGGGGCCCUUCACGCCGGACGCGGAGCCCAUCCGGGGCAGCUACAGCAUCGACCCGGCCAGCUUCGUCGACGACGACGGGCAGGCGUACCUGUACUUCGGCGGCAUCUGGGGCGGCCAGCUGCAGUGCUGGUCGGCCGAGGGCCACUUCGACGCCGCCAUGUCCGGGCCGCAGGAGCCCACGGGCCCCGGUGUGCCAGCGCUGCUGCCGCGCGCGGCCAAGCUCAGCGCGGACAUGCGCCACUUCGCGGCGCCGGUGCAGCAGCUCGAGAUCCGUGACCCGGCCACGGGCGCGCUGUUGGCCGCCGACGACCACGCCCGCCGCUUCUUCGAGGCCGCCUGGAUGCACAAGCACCGCGGCCGCUACUACCUCAGCUACUCGACCGGCGACACGCACUACCUAGUCUACGCGGUCGGCGACCACCCGCUCGGCCCCUUCACCUACGCGGGCCGCAUCCUCGAGCCCGUCCUGGGCUGGACCACGCACCACAGCAUCGUCGAGUUUCAAGGCCGGUGGUACCUCUUCUACCACGACUGCGAGCUCAGCGGGGGCGUCGACCACCUCCGCAGCGUCAAGAUGCGCGAGAUCGUCUACGAUGACCAGGGCAGGAUUUCGCUGGCGGAGAAGCAGUAGGACAAAGUCGGCAGGGUGAGCAGUGAGAGAAAGUCGGAAGGGGUGGAGCAGGGAUAUAGGAG